AUGAUUUUCAAAGACACAUUUUAUAGAGUCUGCAAUUGCCAAGUUUCACUGUUUUCUUUCUUGUCAUACUUAGUUGACUGGUUAACCUAUUUUAUUGUACUAUCAGCUGCAGUAAACUGGCAGUUGUUUGCAGUCACCAGAUAUACAGAUUUCAGUAUAAAUGAUAUAAGUAUCAUGCAUGCUUACAAGGCCGAAAAUGAAACAUAUGCUCCAGUUUGGUAUCUUUUGAUAUUGAUUCUUCUAAUACCUUUGUUUAUUGUGGUCAUAUGCUGCCUGUGGUUUUUGAGGAAUAGAAACAAAAAGAGAAUGCUCUGGGAUAUGCAUGCGGCCAUUUUGGGGAGCUUGGGUUGCUGUUCAUCACAAUUGCUUUUAGUAGUCAUUAUCAAAAACAUUGCUGCUGUUCCUCGACCUGACUUUCUAACACGGUGCCAACCAGAUUACUCGACAAUCCCAGUGCUGGGGAGUCUAUACAAUGUAGACUUCUGUCAGAAUCCAGACGAGUCAUUGAUAAAUGAUGGUUUCAAGAGCUUUCCUAGCGGCCACUCAUCAACUGUUUUUGCAUCGCAAACCUUUUUGGUUUUGUUCUUGAUAGGGAAAAUAAAAAUGUCAGGAUCCUCGUAUUUUAGUUGGAAGCUUGUGCUCUCCAUUAUGUACCCGUUGAUUAUCUCUUGCAAGGUUUCGUUUUCAAGAGUUUCUGAUCAUAGGCAUAGAGUAAGAGAUGUUUUGGUGGGAGACUUAAUUGGUGUCUGCUUUGGGACCUUGUUCUAUUUUAUUUAUUUCACAAAUCCUUUCAAUGGUGCUCCAUCUUUGGCAUUCUCACCUAGAAAAUUUGAAGUAGAUGAAAACUCCGAAGGCCUCUUCGGACUAAAAAUCUCUACUUACGAUAUUGACAGCAAGGAAAUUUCAUACACUGAAUCUGUUGAUGAUGGUAACAAUCCUGCAUUCCCUAAAUCAUUCUCCCCUUUGUGUUAUUCUACUGUGCCUGUGAAAUUGAAACAUACGUUCAACAAUCGUCCGAAUCGUCCAACAUCAAAUCCAAUCGGCAGCUUGUUCUACGUGUAA